AACAAUGCAUGGCACAAUGUCAAUCUAUUCUUCAGACUGGGGAAUCUCACCCUCACUGCAGCUGGCCAUACCCAGAUUGUCGCUAAUGCCACAUAUAAUUCACCUAUUCUCAUGCUUUCUGACUACAACGUCAACGGCACGUUAAUCGUCGGUGAAGGAUUCAAGGGAUGCAUUCUCCAGGGACCCGGAAUUCUCUUCAAUAAUUCAAUCAAUUAUGGCGCUGUACUCGGUACCUGUCCGUCUGAUAACAAAGGAUGUGGACCGAAUAGCCUUGCCGGUAGCCUCACAGCAUCGACAUCUGAGAUGGAUUAUUGUCACCACGAACCGUGCAUGAUGCACGGAAAAUGUGUAUCGCGACAGGAUCGUUACGAGUGCCAGUGUUACGCCCGAUAUUCUGGCAAAAACUGUCAGAUUGAUAAUGGUUCUCCGUGCAAAAAUAAUCCCUGUAAAAAUAUGGGGACAUGCAGCGAAGAUGAAAAAGGUGAUUACAGCUGCAUUUGUCCAUCGGGUUGGACAGGUCCCUUGUGUGAUUCUCAAUUAGGUGUUCGUUUUUGUGAUGAAAAUCCCUGCAAGAACAAGGGAGUCUGUCUCGUUCUCAGCGAUAUUGACUACAAAUGUGAUUGCACGCCAGGCUGGACCGGAAGAACAUGUGAAAUCGAUAUCAAUGAGUGUGCAUCAAAUCCAUGUAAGAAUGGAGGAAUUUGCAUAGAUGGAAUGGACAAUUACACCUGUAGAUGUGAAAGCACAGGAUACGAGGGUAAAAAUUGUGAAGUGAAUAUUAACGAGUGUUUGAACAACAAUCCGUGUUUGAACAAGGGAAAAUGUUAUGACAACUACGGUGGAUACGUGUGCCACUGUCCAGAGGGUUUCGAGGGUCAAAAUUGUGAAUUAAAUCUCAAUGAGUGCUUGUCCAGCCCCUGCAAGAAUGGAGGAACUUGUGUCGAUGAUGUUGGCACGUAUCACUGCAAUUGUAUAUCUGGAUAUGCUGGACAUCACUGCGAACGUCGUAGUCUUUGUGAAAAUGCGGCAUGUCCGACGAACAGUAUCUGCUUAGAUAUCAAGGGGGGACCACAGUGCGUGUGCAAACCCGGCUUCAUGGGUAAUCCACCUAAUUGCACUAUCAACUACUGCGCUAGUAAUCCAUGCGUCAAUGGUGGCACGUGUACCAGCGAUAACGAUGGCUACAAUUGUACCUGUCCGUCUGAAUGGAAAGGAUCAUCCUGUCACAUUCCUGUAUCUGACUGGUGCUCCGCUUGUUAUAACGGUGGAACAUGUGUUGAAACAAUUCACGGUACCAUGUGCCAAUGUCCAAGAUUCUGGAGUGGACCUCAGUGCAAGGAACCAGUGACGUGUCGUGACCUACCCUGUAGACAAGCAACGUCCUGUCAUGAUUACCCGGGAGGUUACUAUUGUAACUGCGAGGCGGGUUGGACUGGCCCGGAAUGUGCUGUUGAUAUCGACGAGUGCUCCAGUGAUCCAUGCCGCAACGGAGGGGUUUGCAUCGAUCAGAUCAAUUCAUAUUGGUGCCAAUGUCUGCCUGGUGCUACUGGUAAAAACUGUCACAUCAACGUAGAUGAGUGUUCAUCACAGCCUUGUUUGAACGGCGGUACGUGCACAGACGGUAACAAUGGUUACAAAUGCAACUGCACCAAGGAUUACAUGGGUGAUCACUGCGAACGGGAGUACGACGCUUGUGCAGUAAAUCCUUGCGAGAACAACGGUAAUUGUUCACUUCUAUCUCGAUCAAAACACGAUUUUACAUGUACCUGUCCCCGGGGCUUCGAGGGUACCCUGUGCGAAAUAAAUAUUGACGAUUGUCUCGGCGUAAUUUGCCCAGGAGAUAAUCAAAUUUGCGUCGAUGGAAUCGGUGGUUCCGAGUGUAAAUGCAAAAAAGGAUACAGAGAGCCAAAUUGUACUCAAAUAAUCGACGAGUGCGUUAACAAACCAUGCAAAAACGGCACCUGUAUUGAUUUAGCUGAUAAGGGUUAUCACUGCAACUGUUCACCAGGAUUCACAGGUGUUCACUGCGAUAGCGAUAUCAAUGAGUGUGAAUUGCUUGGUAAUGCGUCUUGCAACAAUGGUAUUUGCGUAAAUACAUUGGGAAGUUACAAUUGCUACUGCAGACCGGGAUUUUCCGGUGAUCACUGUGACGUUGACAUUAAUGAGUGCCUCUGUGGUCCUUGCAAAAAUAAUGCCACUUGCAUUGACAAGAUAAAUGCAUUCGAGUGUCUCUGUCCACCGGGCUACGGUGGCAAAACAUGUCACGUUGAUGUCAACGAAUGCGAGAGCAAUCCCUGCAAAAAUAAUGCAGCAUGCAUCGAUCAAAUAGCGGCUUACACUUGCGUAUGCACUGCUGGUUUUACCGGUCAAAAUUGUGAGACUAACAUCGACGACUGCAAAUCUCAGCCAUGCCUCAAUAACGGCAAAUGCAUCGAUGGCAUUAAUAAUUACACCUGCGACUGCUCGGAGACUGGCUUCGAGGGUAUCCAGUGUGAAACAAAUAUCAACGAGUGCUUGUCCAAUCCGUGCGUCAACGAGGGAAUCUGUAUGGACGACAUUAAAACGUACAAGUGUCGAUGCCAUCCAGGCUAUGCUGGUCAAAAUUGUGAGAUUGAUAUUAACGAGUGUGAGAGCUCACCCUGCCAGUACAAUGGUACGUGUUUAGAGAGAUCUAAUAAGGAAUUAUAUAAGAGUAAUGCCAAAAAUUUGCCAGCUAUAUUUACCCAAGAAUUUAAUUAUGCUAAUGCCAGUGGUUACGAGUGCCUCUGUGUUCAGGGAUUGAUUGGUAAAAAUUGUGAAAAGAAUAUAAACGAGUGCGAGAGCAAUCCGUGUUUAGCUGGCACUUGUAAGGAUAGAAUUGGUGGAUAUACGUGCGAGUGUGAGGAGGGAUUUGAGGGUGAUCACUGCCAGCAUGAUAUAGACGAGUGCAUGAGAUAUCAGCCGUGCAUUCAUGGAAGUUGUAUCGAUGGUAGGGCUGAUUAUUUUUGCAAUUGUCAGCCGGAGUACGGGGGUAAAAAUUGCUCAGUUAAACUCAUCGGGUGUCAGGGUAAUGCGUGUCAAAAUGGUGGUACAUGUUGGCCGUAUUUGUUGAAUGAUACAGAGCACAGAUUCAAUUGCACAUGUCCAAAUGGCUUUCACGGUGAUAUCUGUAAUCACGUAACGACCAUGUCUCUGAGCGGAAGUUCUUAUGUCAUGGUAAAUACCAGUAGAGACGAGGGAUAUGACAUUCAGUUCAGAUUCAGAACAACAUUACCCAGUGGAUUGCUGGCAAUGGGCAAAGGUACGACUUUUUAUAUUCUCGAAUUAGUCAAUGGUAAACUCAAUUUACAUUCCAGUAUAUUGAAUAAGUGGGAAGGGGUGUUUAUCGGCAGUGAAUUGAAUGAUGCCAAGUGGCAGAGAGUAUUUGUUACUAUCAAUGCAACGCAUUUGGUACUCUCGGCAAAUGACGAACAGACGAUUUAUCCAAUUAAUCUUAAUGAGAGCCCGUCAGUUUCACCAACGACAUUUCCAACAACUUACGUAGGAGGUACCAUAAGGUAUCUGCAAAAAUUAGCCCAUGGACCACAUCUGUUUGUGGGAUGUGUUGAAGAUGUUGUUAUAAAUGGUGAAUGGAUUUACUCUGGAAUGGAGUCGGACUCUGUUCUGAUGGAUCGAAUUGAGGCAUCGUGUCCCAGAGAAGAGCAGUGCUCACCGAAUCCAUGCAAGGCUGGAGGACACUGUACAGACAGGUGGAGAGACUUCUUCUGCGAAUGUGAGCGUCCUUAUCUCGGUCAUACCUGUCAAUAUAACAUGACAGCUGCCACAUUUGGCUAUGAAAACAUAACAAAUGGCUACGUAACCGUUAAAGUAUCGGAUUCAGCUAGAAGAGCUGUUAGAACAAUUGUCGAUAUAUCGAUGUUCAUAAGAACUCGUCAACAGCGUGGUGAUAUUUUCUAUCUCGGUUCUGAGCCAAACACACCAUCUCAGCAAUCGCAACAAGAAAACACAUACAUCGCUGCUCAAUUGGAGGGUGGUGAGCUCCUAAUUAGAAUGCAAUUUAAUGAAACAGAAGCGUAUACCGUUGGCGGUGUAAAACUCAAUGAUGGAAAUAAUCAUUUGAUUCAGGUUAUCCGAAAUAUGACUCUUGUUCAAGUGAAAAUCAAUGGGACCGAGUAUUUUAGAAAGACUAUUAGCACAACGGGAGCCCUCAAUGUGACUGUGUUGUAUCUAGGAGGAUUUCCUCAAACAUCGAGAUACAUCAGACAAGUCGAAACAACGAGACAGACUUCAUCCUCGAUGUCCGAUAUGCAGGUGAUGCCCCAGGUUAACUUCAAAGGAGUCAUUCAGGAUGUACAGAUUUCUAAUGGCAUUGAUAGUAUGGUCGUUGAAUUUUAUCCUCUCAGAGCGAAGGAUAUACCUAAACCAAUUCAAUUUGGUAAUGUGUCAUUUGAUAAUGAGAAAGUACUUGCUGGAGUUAUUUCUGAUAAUGUCUGUGAUAGUAAUCCAUGCUUUCACAAUGGCACGUGUCACGUUACCUGGAACGAUUUUUGGUGUCAGUGUCCAAGAGGCUACACUGGUAAAACUUGUCAAGAGAUGGAAUUCUGUCAGCUCCAGGACUGUCCCGCUGGCUCAAAAUGUCAGAAUUUGGAUGGGGGAUAUGAAUGUAUUGCUAAUGCAACGUUCAAUGGUAAUGACACGUUAUUCACUUACGUUUAUGAGAACCAGAUGUUGAAUAAAAAUUACAGCGAUGUGUCACAGGUGAAUAUCGAAACUAUUGAAAUCAAUUACAGAUCGAAUUUAGGUGGCACUUUAAUGCACAUAUCUCAGUUCUCCACUUCUGUCAAAUCAGAAUGGACAGAUAGAUAUUUUAGUAUAUCAGUUUACAAAGAUAUUGUCACUGUUUCGUGGAGACUGUCAAGUGAUCACAAUCAGGACACUAUGACAUUUGGCAAGGAACAACCUGAUGGCAAUUGGACCUCAAUUAUUAUUCGAUUGAAUAGUAAUUCGUUGAUAUGUGGAUACAAAAAUGGAAUAGAUGAAGUGCCAAUGGAGAGUGCCAGCUCGAGAUUCAAUUUUUCCGAGUGGUAUGAAUUGCUGGCAUCUGGUACAGUGACACUCGGUGGCUCGUUCCCUAAUUACUGGAACAUUAACAGCUACAUAACGGACAACAGCUCAUUAUCCAAAGGAAUUAACGGUAAUAGUGUUGAUUUGAUAACUGAAAGAAAAUUUGUACUUACAACACCAGUGCCAAUGCAGGAAAUAAUAUCAGGUGGAUCGUUCAAGGGAUGUCUUGGUGAAGUUAGAAUAGGCCAAAUGCUCCUCCACUAUUUCACUUUUGAUCAAGUAUAUGGAAAUGCUAAUUUCACACCAGUGGAGUAUCUAUCACUGCAAAUUGAUAACAACAAUAACAACACGAUGAAUGAAAAUAAAAGCAGUAACAUCGGGUGUCGAUUGUGUUUUGAAUAUGAUUGCCAGAACAGCGGCCACUGUCUGGACGAAUUAAACAGUUACAUCUGUAAUUGUCCAGCUGGUUAUACCCAGGACGACUGCUCAGAGGAUAUUGAUGAAUGUCUCGAUAAUAAUUGCCAGAAUAAUUCAACCUGUGUCGAUGGAAUAGCCAAUCACACGUGUAUCUGUAACAAAGGCUGGCAGGGUUGGCUCUGCGAUAAUGACAUCAAUGAAUGCGUUACAAACAGUCCAUGCCAGCACGAUGGAGUCUGUGUAAAUCUGCCAGGCUCAUUCAGGUGCGAAUGUCCAGAUCAAUUCACUGGUGAUCUCUGUCAAGACUUCAGACUCAUAACGUGUGAGAAUAAUCCAUGCAAAAAUGGCUCAACUUGUACUGAUAUUGUUAAUAAAAAAACCGGUGAUAAUUUCACGUGCACUUGCAUGCCAGGAUAUGAGGAUACCCUCUGCGAGACACCUUAUUGUAUUGCUAACAAUUGUCAAAAUGGUGGCAGAUGUGAUUUCUUAUAUCAGGCGCCACAGUGCACCUGUCCCUUAGGCUUCACUGGGGCAUAUUGCGAGAUAAAUAUUGAUGAUUGCGCUGUCGAUUCCGAGGGUAAUGUACCGUGUAAAAAUGAUGGGUUGUGCAUUGAUGGGAUAAAUAGCUUCAGUUGUAAUUGCACUGGUACUGGUUAUACUGGAGCUGAUUGCAGUAUUGAUGUUGAUGAAUGCGCAUCAAGGAGUACAGACUGUGGAUAUGGUAGAUGUGUUAAUCUUCGAGGUAGAUAUCAGUGUGAUUGUGAAAUAGGAUUUUGCGGAGCUGAUUGUAAAAUGCUUGAUCCAUGUAACGAGGAUAUGUGCAUGAAUGGUGGUACGUGUGUGUGUAAUGAAAAUAGCGGAUACGUUUGUCAAUGUGUCGAUGGAUAUAUUGGGCAGAAUUGUACCGAGUCAGAGCAUCUGUUGGGCAGUCCAGCGUUGGGUAUUGCUGUUAUUGUCGGUCCAAUUGUAGCUAUUUUAUUGCUCAUUGCUAUUGGCUCUUUAACGGCAUUCUUUAUGAUGGCUAGGAAAAAAAGGGCUACCAGGGGAACGUAUAGUCCUAGUGCACAAGAAUUUAGCAAUCCGAGGGUAGAGAUGGAUAACGUUAUGAAACCACCGCCUGAAGAGAGAUUGAUAUAAAUUUUAUUCGAUUCAAUUCCAUCGAAACAUGUGCGCUAUGUUAUUUUUGGCCAGUUGAAAUUACUUAUUCGUUACUUUAUAAUCGAAUUAAUGUAUUAAUCAUUGUUUUCCCCGUGUCUGUUGAUACUCAAUGGUAUUGUAGUUUUUUUUUCAUUUUUGUUGUUUGUCCGACUAGUCGAAAGUCCUGCUCAUCUGUAAGACACGGUGUAAUUCUAUCUUUUUUCAAUGUCAUUAAGAAU